AUGACCGGUAGAAAUCUCAAUGAUGUUUCCUUCUUGAGCAACUCGGACGAUACCUUCGUUCGGAAACUUGCAGAAUCGAAUAGGAACGUUAGUGCUCAGGAUGUAGAGGUAGAGGAGCAUCAUUACUUAGGAAAUAAGAAAGAAGAUGGAGAAAUUGGUACAUUCGGUGCGGAAAAAUAUUUUAAUGGGUGCGUGGAUAAGGACAGUCCAAGACUUACCAGUAUAAUCUUGAAACACCUGCAGCCUAAGAAGGAUGGACAAUUAAAUGAUUAUAUGGUCCCUAUGAAACCCAACAUUCAUCCUGAAACUCCGAGUAUUAAUUCUGAAUCCACUUGGAACAGCCAGAGUGCGCUGCUGCAAAGCGUUCAGAGAAAGACUUCUGAAGCAAAGACAAAUAAGGUGCAUGGAAAGAAUUUUCUUGCUGUUCUUGGCUGCAAAUGCUCUUGUUCUGAUAAGGAUUCUAUUGAUGUCGAAGAUGAUGAUGAUGAUGAACAUAUUGGUGAGAUCAGUUUUAAAAGAAGUUCUAAUGCUCCCAUGCUUCAAGGCAAGGCAAUUUCUGAAGAAUUCACAAAGGGUAGUCUUGAGAUGAUAAACCACACUCAGGAUCACAGGUCGAGGAGGAGGAUGUCAAUUGCCAAAAUUUGGAGAAAUUGGGAAUUGGAAUGA